AUGGCAACAGAACACGGGGGGGUCACGUGCAUGUGCAAGCUGCAACCGCAACUGCUUUCGCCGGUGCAUCCGGAGCGUCUCGCCGCCGUUGGCGACGCGCCUCCGCCCAACGACCCGUACCAAGCGGCGAUUCCGCUCGACGACGGCUUCCGGCCGCCGACGUGCUCCUGCGUGGCGCCGCGCGUGCUCCCGCAGCCGCCUCCCCGCUCGGAGCGGCUCGCACCUCGAGGUGGGCGCGGGCGCGAGCUGGUGCGGCUGGACGACGCGCUAGAGGCCGCCCUGGCUGUCGAGGCGUACACCUUCUCUUGCCAGCACGGCGGGCCGUGGGGCGCCUACUGCCGGCUCGAGGGCAUUGCCAACGACGGGACGCUGCAACUCGCCUCGCCGAGCGACGAGGAGCCGGCCGUCGAGCGGCUGGCUGCGCGGCUUCUCUGCUCUCUCUGGGCUCGGGGCGUGGGCGAGCUCCUCGCGCCGGAUCUGGACCGCAUCCACGGCUUCUCUGUCUGGUCGGUGGUGGGCGGGGAGGGGGCGGCGACCGAGUACCACGUCGACUACGCGGAGAUGUACCGCCGCCGCACGGGGCUCCUCCGGCCUCCGCUGCACGCCCUCACGCUGCAGCUGUCGCCGCUCGGCCCGGCGGACUUUGAGGGCGGGACCUUCGGAGCGCACCUCUCGGGCCUGCAGCACUACGCGGCGCACGGCUACAAGUGCCGGCUAGCGCCGCCGCCCGCGGACGAGGCGUCCAAAUUGCCCACCCCUGACUGGGGGCGCGACGGAGGGUGGAGGUACGCGCCGUACGCCUUCAACCAGGCCACGCUCUCCGCCGGCGACUUGCCGCACGCCGCGUCGUACGUCCACCGCUGGCCCGCCGACACGCCCCGCGUUGUUGUGGGAGUAAACACGUUUGGCCCUCUGGAGGGUGUGGUCGAGGAGGAGACGCCCCAGCACUCGGCCCGCUUCCGCCGCGCCCUCCGCCUCUCCACGCUCGAAGGCCUCCUCUCCAAGAUGCCGCGCAAAGAGCUCGAGCGGCUCACCACGGCGUGA